UGCAAGCACGCAUCGGCCGUGGGACAUCGCGCAAAAUGGAAAAAAAAAAGAAAGAAAGAGAUAGAGAUCAACGAGCUCUCGCGCGUUCGAUCCCGCGCGAUUCGAAACAGGCGACUGGUGAUCAGCUGGCGGGAACUCGGUGCUUGUUGAAUACCUGGUGGGGAUAUCCUACAUCGACGUGGAAAAGCAUUGCUGACGCUUGGUAUCUGUCGUUGCUCGGUCUGGCCGAGAAUUUCCGUACGUCGAACCCGCCUAACAUUAAGUCGUGCAUCCAGUGUUUGCAAGCGGUCUUUCACUUCAAGCCGCCACAGCGCGUCGAGGCGCGCACUCAUCUUCAGCUCGGCAACAUCCUGCUUACGCACACGAAAAACAUCGAUUUGGCGCGAUACCAUCUAGAUCAAGCGUGGCGGUUAAGUCAGAAUAUAAAUACGUUUGACGAUGUGAAGUUUGAAGCAGCCAGCAUUGUCGCGGACCUGUACGAACAACAACAGCAGCAGCUGCAGCCAAACUUGAGUAAACCAAUUUUGAGGAAGGCAAUAGAACUGUCUCAGCACAAUGUCUACUGGCAUUGCAGGCUUAUCUUUCAACUUGCGCAAAUUCAUGCCUCAGAGAAGGACUUUGUCGCAGCGAGUAGCUUACUUGCAGUAGGCGUUGAUUAUUCCCACAUAAGUAACGCUGGUUAUACCAGAGUUCUCUUUCUUUUAAGCCGGUGUAUGCUAUUAUUAAUAGAUAAGAAGUUCACUGAGGUUCAUCCUCUUCUAAAUUCAGCGAACCAUCAUAUAGAAAAUUGGCAAGGCAACUCAUAUCAAAAGGAGUAUCUAAAAGUGUACUUUCUAGUUCUUCAAGUAUGUCAUUAUCUUAUGGCUGGCCAGGUAAAGAGCGUGAAACCUUGUUUGAAAUCAUUACAACAAAGUAUACAGACUAUAAUGUCACCCAGCUGGCCAACAGAUGAUGUGGUAGUCACAGGCUCUAAUAUUGGAGAUAUGUUUAUAUGGAUGCCAAAAGACCACCUAUACGUCUUGGUCUAUUUAGUAACCGUUAUGCAUUCUAUGCAAGCCGGAUACAUGGAUAAAGCACAGAAAUACACAGACAAAGCGCUUAGUCAAAUUGAAAAACUGAAAAUUAUCGAUAAUAAACCUAUCUUGUCCGUGUUUCAAUUAAUGCUCUUGGAACAUAUAAUCAUGUGCCGGCUUGUAAUGGGAAACAAAAGCGUAGCUCUUACGGAAAUUUCUCAAGCUUGCCAACUCUGCAGACGGCAGCCUAGGUUACUUCAAGGCCAUAGACCACAACUACAUGUAUUACUAGGUUUAUACGCAAUGUCUAUGAAUUGUUUGGAAGCAGCAGAGGCUCAGUUCACUGCUGCACUCAGAACGUCACAAGAGAGAGAACUCUGGACAUUCGCAAAUUUGAACCUGGCGAUAGUAUAUCUCAGAUCAAAGAAAGAAGCCGAGCUUGGGGUAUUAUUAGAAAGGAUAAAUCCAGAAUCUCUACCAUCGCAUUCUCAUUCUUUGAGGGCAGCUGCAUAUUACGUACAAGGACUCCAAGCUUUUUUCGGUGCUAGAUAUAAUGAAGCAAAACGAUAUCUUAGAGAAACCUUAAAAAUGGCAAAUUCGGAAGAUUUGAACAGACUCACUUCCUGUAGUCUUGUGCUUUUGGGACAUAUAUUUCUUUCGUUAGGAAAUAGUAGAGAAUCAAUGAAUAUGGUCACACCUGCGAUGCAAUUAGCUUCGAAAAUACCUGAUGUACAUGUACAACUGUGGGCUACUGCCAUUUUAAAAGAUUUAUAUAGAAUUUGUGGUGACCCUACUCAUGAGGCCGAGGCGUAUCAAAUGCAUUGUACAUUCUCUCAAACCCUCUUGAAGGAUCAUUUUCAGAGUUCUCAAGUAAGUGAGCACUCGCUCAUUCAUUGGAUAGAUGGCCCGGUUCCUGCAUUGCCAAUAACUAAUCCACCACCAUCUACAUCGCAAGCAAUUCUCUAAUGGUGUAAAAGAUAUUUAGAAAAUUCGAUUUAAUUGUAAACAAGGCGGAAAAUAGGAUUAAGGGAUAUUUGAUAUCCAAACUUUUUUAAUACAUGAAAUCUAUAAGAGUAUGAUAACUAGUUAAUAGUUAAUUAAGCAGAACUUAAUAGCAAUUUGCAAUAUUGUUUGAAUCAUCGAAAUUAUACACGGCAGGGACUGACUAUAUAUAUUUAGACCAUUGAUAUUUUGUUUAUUGCAUUAAAUCAUUUUUUUUUAUGACAGAAAAUCUAGAUGCUUGUCAUCGUAAAGCAGAACAGAUAUCAUAUACGUUUUUUAGAAUUGUAUGAAUCGUUCUGCCGCACAAUGCGUUUAAACAAGGUUUAUAUUGCACAUAUAAAUAUAAUAUAAUAAAAGAAAAUAGAUGGAAUACAGAAUAAAGAU